GGAUGCCCUAAUUCCAAUGCGGAGGUUUUUGUUAGGGUUUAUCGCCCAUGGCUAUGGAGGACGGUGGCGCGCUGCUCGUUUCUCCUCCUUGGAAGCAAAUGGAGGAGUAUUAUUCUCAGCUGACCGGCAUGGCAUUGCGCGUGAAAUCUACCGCGACGAUGGGGAAAGGCCUCUUUGCCGAGAGAGAUUUUGACGCGGAAGAGGUGAUCUUGAUCGAAGAGCCCCUCGUUGCUGCACAGCACAGCCAUAACAAGAACGAUGCGGUUGUGUGUGGCUUUUGCUUUCGCUACGUCGGUUCCAUCCAGCUCCAAAUACAACGCAAACUUGAAGCUCCAGAGACUCAGUCGUGCUGCUGUCACGAAGAAGAAGAUGACGAAGAAGACCAUCACCGGCAUGGUGUUUCUUCGGAGGAAGCGUUAGUUCUUCUAAAAGGUGAUGGUUUCUCUCUUCCUCAUGGAGACAAGUUUUUGCUACCGGAGGUAGUCAAGUGCUCCGGUGGAUGCUCGGAGAUUUACUGCAGCAAAUCGUGUGCACAAAGGGCCUGGCAUGACCACCACUCGUUGCUUUGCGAUGGUGUUUCACAACACAGGGACGAGCUUGUUCUUUUCAAAGAAUUUGCUGAUGAAACCAAUGACAUUUUCCAUUUGGCCAGCAAGUUGAUUGCGAAGGUUAUGCUUCGCACGAAAAAGCUCUCUGAAAGCAGUGGAGUUACAGACCGAAAUACACUCCUUGAGGCGUGGAAACCAUUUGCCAUGGGAGAAAAGCGUCUGUGGUGGGAAGCCGUGGCUCUUCCAGACGACGUUGAUCCUUUAGAAGAAGCAUCUUUCAGGAGCCAAAUCAAGGAAUUAGCGGAAGCAUCCUUGAGCCAGCUCAAAGCUGCGCUGUGGGAGCCGGAGUUUGCACCUCUUUUUUCUUUGGAGAUUUAUGGGAGCAUCAUCGGCAUGUUCGAGCUAAACAACCUAGAUGUCGUCGUCGCCUCACCCGUUGAAAACUACUUUCUCUACAUUCAAGAUCUUGAGCCAGCUCUCAAGGAACAAACAGAACAAAUUACUCGACCACUGUUUGAGGCUUUGGGCGAGAAGUACGCUUCCUUCUGCCAAGGUUCUGGGUUUUUCGCAUUGCACAGCUGCAUAAACCACUCUUGCGAGCCGAAUGCGAAGGCUUUUAAGCGAGAUGAGGACAUAAAUGGCAAUGCUGUGAUAAUUGCGACGAGGAAGAUCAUGAAAGGAGAACAGAUUUUCACCUCAUACAUCGAGGAGGAAGAUUUAUCGUACACCGAGAGACAAGCAAUGCUGUCGGACUACGGCUUCGCGUGCGAAUGUACCAAGUGCUUCAGGGAGAAAAACCAGUCUUGAAUCGAGCAAACCUUCGAUGCUAUUGCAAAAUCUGGACUCCUUGAACACCAACUUCUGCUUACCUUUGGAGACAGUCCUGCAAGAGCGAGCGAGAGUUAGGAGAAGAACAUAAAGAAGAUUUGAGGAAAGCUUCCUACCUCUUGGAAGUAAA